AUGCAUGAUUUUAUAUUGGCCUUUUUGGGUGGAGUUCUACUUGGUAUGUCGAAUCCAGCAAAAGUCAUCGGUUUCUUAGAUAUAUUCGGCCAGUGGGAUCCAAUGUAUUGGAUUAUGAUGCGGCAUCUGCAACAACAUCGACAACACAAGCAGAGCAUAUUAUUCAGUAUAUUCAAAUACAUCAUCUUACAGUGCAGUGGAUUCUUGAAACACAUGUACAUGCAGAUCAUUUAA